CGACAGCAACAAGAGCAGGGUGACGACUAACGCGAGCAGCAUGAGGGUUAUCGAGGUCAUAAUAGACGGCUUCAAGUCGUAUGCCGUCCGGACGGUGAUUUCGGGAUGGGACGAGAGUUUCAACUCCAUCACCGGCCUCAAUGGCUCGGGGAAGUCAAACAUUCUCGACGCCAUCUGUUUUGUUUUGGGCAUUACCAACAUGUCGACAGUGAGAGCGCAAAACCUACAGGACCUUAUAUACAAGCGCGGACAAGCCGGCGUGACGAAAGCGAGUGUUACCAUCGUAUUUGAUAAUCGGGACAAGAAGAAAUCACCCAUCGGCUUCGAGGAAUAUGCAACAAUCAGUGUGACUCGACAAAUCGUCCUGGGCGGGACGUCAAAGUACCUAAUCAACGGGCAUAGGGCGCAGCAACAGACGGUACAGAACCUGUUUCAGUCGGUACAGCUCAACAUCAACAAUCCCAACUUCCUCAUCAUGCAAGGCAGAAUCACCAAAGUCCUGAACAUGAAGCCCGUCGAGGUUUUGUCCAUGAUCGAGGAGGCGGCCGGCACAAGGAUGUUUGAGGAUCGGCGCGACAAGGCGCUUAAGACCAUGGCAAAGAAGGAGAUGAAGCUUCAGGAGAUCACAGAACUGCUUCGAGACGAGAUCGAGCCGAAGCUGGAGAAGCUGAGGACAGAGAAACGCGCAUUUCUCGAUUUCCAACAGACACAAAACGACAUGGAACGGCUGACGAGGGUUGUGGUCGCCCAUGACUACGUCAAGAGCCAAGAGCAACUCGCGCAAUCCGCCGCCGACCUAGACGGCAAGAAGCAACGCAAGAAAGAUCUCGAGCACUCCGUGGCACGUCUGAAGAGCGAAAUCUCCCAUCUGGAGGAAGACAUGGAGAGAGUGCGUGCGCAACGGGACAAGGAGCUCAAAAAGGGCGGCAAGGCCCAGGCACUCGAAGAUGCGGUCAAGAAGCAUUCGAACGAGCUCGUACGGCUCGCCACGCAGAUGGAUCUCAAAAAGUCCAGUCUUGCCGAGGAGGAAGAGAAGAAGUCUGCCGUUGAGAAGACGGUCUCCGAGCUGGAGACAUCGCUCCAAGACAAGACGAAAGCGUACGAGAAGACCAAGGCCAAGUACGACACAGCCAAGGAGCAGGUUGAGAAGCAGAGGGAAGAGGCCGAAGCGAAGGAGGAGCUGCUCCAAUCGUUGCAAACUGGCGUCGCUUCCAAAGACGGUCAAGACAGCGGCUAUCAGGGACAACUUCAGGAUGCCCGGAACCGCGCCACGGCAGCAGUCACAGAGCAAGAACAAGCGAAAAUGAAAAUUACUCACCUCGAGAAGCGGCUCAAAGAGGAAGAGCCCCGUGCGAGGAAAGCCAAAGAACAGAACGCCGGGCUCCUCAAAGACCUCGAGGGUUUGCGGGCACAACAGCAAAAGCUCGAGAAGGAGCUGGGCAGAAUGGGCUUCCAACCUGGCCAAGAAGAAGAUCUAUACCAUCAGCAAUCUUCGCUUCAGCAACAGACCCGGACCUUGCGACAAGAAUCCGACGUUUUGAAGAGGAAAGUUGCCAAUAUCGACUUCAACUACGCGGACCCGGUGCCCAACUUUGACAGAUCCAAAGUUAAAGGUCUGGUCGCUCAGCUUUUUACCCUCGGCAAGGAGCACACCAAGGCGGGGACCGCGCUGGAGAUCUGUGCCGGCGGCCGGCUCUACAACGUCGUGGUGGACACAGAGGUUACAGGCACGCAACUUCUCAAAGGCGGCAAGCUCCGUAAGCGAGUCACCAUCAUCCCUCUCAACAAGAUCGCGGCUUUCAAGGCAUCGGCGCAGACAAUUGCGACGGCGCAGCGCAUUGCACCAGGCAAGGUUGACCUCGCGUUGUCUCUCGUGGGCUACGAUGAGGAGGUGUCUGCAGCCAUGGAGUACGUUUUCGGCAACACUCUGGUCUGCGCCGACGCCGAUACGGCCAAGAAGGUUACAUUCGACCCCAAUGUCCGGAUGAGAAGCAUCACCCUGGAAGGCGACGCAUAUGACCCUUCAGGGACGUUGUCAGGCGGGAGUGCGCCGACCUCCAGCGGCAUGCUGGUGACCUUACAGCAGCUCAAUGAGCUAACCCGGCAGCUCAACCAGGCCGAAGCGGCCUUGAAGGAAGUCCAGGCUACCAUUGCCCAGGAGAAGUCCAAGCUCGACCAUGCGCGGAAAAUAAAACAGGAGCUUGACCUCAAGAGCCACGAGAUCAAGCUGGCCGAGGAACAAAUCAGCGGUAACUCGUCGUCUUCGAUCAUCCAGGAAGUAGAGACAAUGAAGGAGACCGUCUCGCAACUCAAGAUCGACAUUACGGAGGCACGGAAGAGGCAUGCGGAAGCCGUUGCCGAUGAGAAGCGUAUCGAGAAGGACAUGAAAGACUUCGAUAACAACAAGGACGCAAAGCUGGUUGAGCUGCAAACAACCCUCGACAAGCUACGGGCGAAGCUGAACCAAAGCGCGACUUCCAUAAAGACGCUGCAGAAGGAACUGCAAGGCGCCCAGCUCGACUCGGAGCAGGUUGCCGGAGACCUUGCCGCGGCCAGGGAACAGCUCCAGGAGGUCCAAGUCGCCAUCAAGGCGCAGGAACAAGACAUCAAAGAUCUCGUCAGGCAGCAGGCCCAGCUCAAGGACAAACACGACGCGGUGCAGGCCGAACUGGACGACGAGAGGGCGAAGCUGCACGGAUUCGACGACGAGCUCCGCUCGCUAGAGGAAGCGAAGCGUUCCAAGAGCGCGCGCAUCGCCGAGGAAGGCCUCGAGAUGCAGAAGCUCGUGCACCAGGUCGAGCGGUUCCACAAGGAACAGCAGUCGGCCUCGCAGUCCGUGGGGCACCUGGAGCAGGAGUACGAGUGGAUCGCGGAGGAGAAGGGCAACUUUGGGCGCCCCGGGACGUUGUACGACUUCAAGGGGCAGAACAUCGGCGGGUGCAGGGCGACGCUGCGCAACCUGACCGACCGGUUCCAAGGCAUGAAGAAGAAGAUCAACCCCAAGGUGAUGAAUAUGAUCGACAGCGUCGAGAAGAAGGAGGUCUCGCUCAAGCACAUGAUGAAGACGGUCAUUCGCGACAAGCGCAAGAUUGAGGAGACCAUUGUCAGCCUCGACGACUACAAGAAGAAGGCCUUGCAACAGACGUGGGAGAAGGUCAACGGAGACUUUGGGCAGAUCUUCAACGAGCUGUUGCCGGGUAGCUUUGCCAAGCUUGAUCCCCCUGAGGGGAAAACCAUCAGUGACGGCCUGGAAGUCAAGGUUUCGCUGGGCAAGGUGUGGAAGGAGAGCUUGACUGAAUUGUCUGGUGGUCAGAGAUCACUCAUCGCCUUGUCGCUGAUCAUGGCUCUGCUUCAAUUCAAGCCAGCACCCAUGUACAUCCUCGACGAGGUUGACGCCGCAUUGGACCUGUCACACACCCAGAACAUUGGCCGGCUCAUUAAGACGCGGUUCAAGGGCUCGCAGUUCAUCGUCGUCAGUCUGAAGGACGGCAUGUUCCAGAACGCGAACCGCAUUUUCCGCACCCGGUUUAGCGAAGGCACAAGCAUGGUGCAGGCGUUAACGCCUGCAGACCUGAGGUGACGAUGACGCGUUUAUGUCUGUAUAUGUGUUUAAAGUGUCUCUAAGCAUCGCAGGGGGGACAAUAUGGUAUGAGUGGGUGGGAUAGCGUGUUCGGCAAAGGAAGGACUGGAUGGCUGGCUGGCUGGCUGGCUAGAAGGCUGAAAUGAUCACGGGAAUAAUGACUAGGGGUUGUCUUAAUGAGCUUGAUAUCCCCCUAUUUUUUUGCAGAUGAUUUUGAUAUUUGAGUUUAAUCUCCUACCCCAACUACUACUCUUUAGCAGCGCAUGUCACCG